GAAGGGAUUGCUGUGUGGUCAUCCCCCGGGGUGGGGGUGAUUUCUCUCUUUCUCUUCCUCUCUGUAUCUCUCUGGUAAGUGCACGUGCCCUAUAACAAAACUCCAAAAAAGGGAAAAGUCAGCAGUGUUACCAAUCCCGAUGGCUACAUGGUACAGGAAAGACGCACAGGGGCCCUGUCUGCAUCUGACCACAGUGCUGGGACUUGAGAAAUGUCCUAGCCCCUGGUGCUUGCUGGACAAGGCCAUCUUCAGCCCUGAGAACACCAGGCGGCCACUGCACAGUGCCCCCCGCCCUUCUAGCAUACACACCCUCCUCCUUCCUUCCUGGAUCCUUGACCGAGGAUUUGCCCCAUCACAUGCACAGGUCCAGGCCUGCGCAUCACCCACAUGGCCAGCACAUGGGGUGUGUCUCUUCCUCUCACCCCAGCAAACCGGACUUCCCACCCUCUCAAAGCUGUAGGCUUCUCUACGGAACAUUCCGAGAGGAAGUUAGUUCAUGCAGUUGUCCCCUAAAAGCGAGGGCCGGUCCAGCCAUGAUUGUCCACCGCCUCCCCAUGAUGCCCCUCCGCUCCCUAGCCGGCCCAGUGCUUCAGCCUCUUCCCAGCAUCCCCAGGGAUGUGUUUCCUCUGUCCCUCCUGUUCCUGCCCAGCUAAUAAUAACCCUCAUUCUCUUCCACCAGGAAGUUGCUCUGAAGUGGCUUCGUCCUUCCCCAGCUACUCUUUCCAAUUGCUGCGUGGCUCUGGGAACAAAACUCACUCUUUUUAUGGACCUCACUGCCUCCCAUGGUCCCCAACCUCACCCCAGUCUCUCCUCUUCCUCCCCGAGGGGAAGGGUGCUAGACCCGACUGUUAUCUCAAACCCUGUUCUGCAGAUGGUGAGCAUGCAUAUGGAGAAGGUGGCCCGAAGGGAGAUUGGCACCUUAGCCACUGUCCAGCGGCUGCCCCCUGGCCAGAAGGUCAUCGCCCCCGAGAGCCUACCUGCCCUCACGCCCUACUAUAGGAAACCCCUCAACUUUGGCUGCCUGGAUGACAUUGGCCAUGGAAUCAAGGACCUGAGCACGCAGCUGUCGCGGACCGGGACCCUGUCUCGAAAGAGCAUCAAAGCGCCUGCCACACCCGGCUCCGCCACGCUGGGGCGACCACCCCGGAUCCCCGAGCCAGUGCAUCUCCCCGUGGUGCCCGACGGCAAGCUCUCCGCCGCCUCAUCUGCGUCUUCCUUGGCCUCGGCUGGCAGCGCCGAAGGUGUCGGUGGGGUCUCCACGCCCAAGGGGCAGGCAGCGCCCCCGCCCCCUCCACUCCCCGACUCCACCGGGCCACCUCCUCCGCCAGCGGCCGCCGAGGUCUUCCUGCUGCCUCCGCCCCUGGAGGAGCUGGCCCCGCCCCCGCCGGCCGACGAGCUGUUUCCGCCCCUGGACCUGCCCCCUCCCCCGCCCCUGGAUGUGGAAGAGCUGGGGCUGCCGCCGCCACCCCCGCCAGGCUUUGGACCGGAUGAGCCCAGCUGGGUCCCUGCUGCGUACUUGGAGAAAGUGGUAACCCUGUACCCAUACACCCGCCAGAAGGACAACGAGCUCUCCUUCUCUGAGGGCACCGUCAUCUGCGUCACCCGCCGCUACUCGGAUGGCUGGUGCGAGGGCGUCAGCUCAGAGGGGAGUGGAUUCUUCCCCGGGAACUAUGUGGAGCCCAGCUGCUGACA